UCCAGAGCCGACAAAGCUGCCUGCCAGCAUCCAGAGCCAGCCAACAGCACAUAUUCAAACAGGCAGUAGAGGCACAUAUCCAUAUAGAAGAAAAUACGUAAACUACUACCAGUUGGUUGGGAUUCAUUCAGUCUUUCCCGGAGAACGUUUAAGAUAAGUUCUAAUAUCAAAAAAUAAGCAAAAUCCAUCGCUAGAUAUAGAAAUUCCGUGCGCAAAUUUUUUAAUAUAUUAAAUAAAGGACAGAAAGAAAAAAAAAACGGUAUAGUGUUUAAGAAAAGGCCAUUUUAUUAAUAAUUAUAAACUAUACUUUUAUUUCUUUCCACACACCCAGUGUAAUUCUUCGAAAUUUGGUUUAUAUAUAUUUUAUAUAUUUUAUUUAAACUCAGAAAAAAAGUACAAAGUUUUAAAGUUUAUCUGCAUAUUCCAACUCUGUGCAGCAAAUCAAAUAGAUUAAUCAAGCCCGUGAGCGUAACACACGGUGUAGUGAAAUAGUUUAAAAAAAAAAAAACAAAAAACAAAAAUUUAAAUUAAAUAAAUUUUCGGUUUGAAAAUUUCAUUGAUUUUGAUCUAAGUUAUUGUUGCUCGAUAAUUAAUUGUCACUUCAUUUCAAAGCGGAAGAGAAUAAUAAUUCCGUUUUUUUCAUUCAAAAAUAAAAAAAGAUAUUCAACUUCAUUGUUUAUCAUAAUUAUUUUUAAAUUUUUGAGAAGUGAAAAAAUAACUCAUCAACUAUGCGGCACUGUACAAAAAAGGUUCAUUAUCAUGCAACCAGAAUCAUUCAAAUCAUCCUACUUCUGAUUUUUUCACUGAGAACCUGUUCAGUUAACGGUCAAAUAUCGCAUCAUUCAGAAUAUGAAAUUGCAACCGGGCGCCGCAGUGGUGUUGGGUCGAAUGGUGUUGGUGCUAGUGGUAGUGCUGCCACCAGCGAUAGUAACGAAGAUGAAAGCAUAAGCAAUCAACCGAAUGGAAUGCAUACAAACGGUGAGAUACUUGGUCCUAAAUCAUUCCCUUUGAGUGCACAAGAACCAAGUUGUGAAGAACUACGUGCUAUGUGGAUAUUUUCUAAAAGACAAUCGAGAGCUGCAGAAAUGUCCAAUGAAAUACCAACAUAUCGCGACCCCUUCGCAUAUAAUGUAUGGGAACCAUAUCCUUCAGGACGAGGCAUUGGAUCACGAACAAUUUCGCAUUAUCGAGAACCUGCUCGACCAGUGUUUGGUCGUGUUAUUAGUCGCGAACCUGUUGUCUUACAACGAUUACCCGUACGUUCAAGAAUUUUGGAGGAUGUACCACCAAGAAUGUAUGGAUCAGAGAGUCGAUCAGCAAUGCCAUCAAUAUCUAGUGGAGUUGGACCAAGACGUUAUAUGCAAUAUAGAUUUGGCGGCUCACCUAAUGGCAAUGCUCAGGCCAAUACCAAUAAUCAAAUUCUUGUUCAUCAGGGUAGUUUUCAAAAAUUAAAAGAGCUUAUAUGGACUGAACGUGCCAAAGAACUAACACAACAGAGGAAAGCUGAAGAAUUGGCAGCACGAGCAGCAGCACUUAAAGAAAUUGCAGCUGGUCAAUUGAUAAAUAGGCAACUAGAGCAAAAUGAUGAACCAAUGCUCAAUGAGGAAAAUCUCAGCCCCGACCAGCAGGAGCAGCAUUACCACCAUAAUACCGAUAGCAGAAUAUCAAUUGGUAAUAGCCAACAACCAGGAGGAAUAAAAUCGAUUUUCUCUGGCAAUCCAUCGAAUCCGAAUUCUGCACGCUCUGGUAGGCUUUCAUUGCCAAGCAUGAUUGGAAGUGAUGCCAGAGAACGAGGCAACUUACAAAGAAGUUUCCCUAUGCGCCCAUCACACUUUCGUGAACGCAAUCGAGUACUGUUCCGGCAAUCAACACCCUCAGAUUAUUACCAACGUGAAUCAAGAAGUGAACCAUUGAAAACCAUACCAUAUGAACAACAAUUCGAUAUAAAAUCUAGACCUAACAACCCUGCCAAUAAUAGAGAUAUAACAUUCGGCAAUAAUAAUAACAAUGACAUCCAGUACCAGACAAACAUUCCUAUUUCGAAUAAUGAUAUUCAACAACAAUCAACGGAAAUGCAACAACAAUUAGCCGAUCUGUAUCAGAAAUUAUAUCAAAUUGAUCAAAUAUCCUUUUUGGCAGCAGGAUAUCCAUCGAUAUCUUCUGCAAAAACAAAAUUGAAUUAUGACGACAACAAUAAUAUUAUUGUAAGUGAUGGUAAUGGUAAUGGCAACAGCCGCAAACGUAGGAGUGUUUUGCCUAAUAUUAAUUAUGUGGAACAUCCAUUAAGUAGUGAUAGCUACUAAAGAAAUUAUGAUUUUAUUCUUAUUAAAAACAAAAAAAAUUAUCAAAUUCAAAUAUAAAUGAAGCUUAUUGUCAUUCCAACCUUGGCUGUUAAAAAAAAAUAAUUAUAAAUGACCUUUAUUUUAUGUAAAUUUGAAUGAAACGAGGGUAAGCUAAUAUAUACAUAAAUUAUAUACAUUCAUAUAUACAAAAAUUUAAAAUACUCAAAAAUCUAUUCAUACUUCAAGAUAAUAAUUAUCAAAAACAAUGCAAAUUGUUAUGUUAAAACCUUUAGAAUAGCAAUGUUUCAAGUGUUACGAAUAUGAAAGCAUAUUGUCAAUACUGAAUUGUUUGGAUCUUAAAUUAUGUAUGUUUAAAUAUUCUUGUUUUUUUUUUUAAUUUCUUUUGCAUAUCUU